CCGGAAGUUGUGUAACUGCCCGGCAUCUGCACUUUAGGGUUAUUUUUGACCGUUUAAUACUUCUACUUUUUUUUUAUUUCGAAUAAUAAAAAAUGGUCAAUCUUGGUAUUACUAGAGUGGACGAUGCGUUGGCGGCAAAACAUCCGGGCUUAGGAAGAUAUGCAGCCUGCCAGUCUAAUGCUUUCAUGAAGGGGACUGGGACAUUUUUGCUCGGUGCUGUUGGUUUUUUUCUUGUCCAGAAAGUUCUGCAGAAGAGACUUCCUUAUCCUCUGCAAUGGAAUCUACUUGUUUCCAUCGUGGCGUCAUCAGUAGGCAGUUACGCCGUGACACGGUGGGAAACGCAGAAGUGCUCUGACCUCUGGUUGCUACUAGAAACUGGAAAAGUCCCAGACAGAUCACAGCCACAGGUGUCUAAAGUAGAGGAACAAACAAAGGCGGCGAAGACCAAAUAUGGUGACGUGAUGGAUUGAAAGUGAAUGGACUCUUGUUAAAGGGGAACAUUAUCACCAGACCUAUGUAAGCGUCAAUAUAUACCUUGAUGUUGCAGAAAAAAGACCAUAUAUUUUUUUAACCGAUUUCCGAACUCUAAAUCGGUGAAUUUUGGUGAAUUAAACGCCUUUCUAUUA